AAAAACCCAUUUGUUGUAACAUCCUUGGCGAUAAGGAAAAGGAUUAUGUUACAACACAUUCUACACUUUAAUACUUAAAAGAAAUUGACUCAUAUUCACUAGUGCAAAAAAAUUGAGAGACAAAUUAAGCAUAACAAGAUAAGAGAGUCUGAGUUGAGACAUGGCAUCUAUGGUUAUGACAGCCUCCUCAUUCCCAUGCGGCUCAGCCAUGACCAUGGCCAAGCAAACCACAACAACAGGCCGCCGUGGUGUCAUGGUGGCUGCCAAGGCCUCAGCAGCAGCCUCAGAGGGUGAGAAGGUGAGCUUGCAAAUGAAGCAGAACAAGGAAGAGAGCACAAGUGGGAGGAGAGACUUGAUGAUGGCUGUGGCAGCAGCAGCCGCCUGCUCGGUUGCAAAGGUUGCCAUGGCGGAUGAGCCACCUAGGGGAACCCCCGAAGCCAAGAAGAAGUAUGCUCCUGUUUGUGUCACAAUGCCAACAGCUCGUAUCUGCCGCAAGUGAGCAAGUAUUAGUUUUACUUGAUCAACUUAUAAUUCAAAUGUUUUGAAUAUUGGUGGUGGACCUGGUUGUUGUGGUGCUGUAUAAUUUGUAAAAUUUGUAUUGCUCUCAUCAUCCUUUUUCUUUUUCUUUUUUUUUUUUUUUUAAAAAAAAAAAAUUGAACAAUCAAGCUCUUUUUCUAUCGCUGCUUCAUCCUCUCCCUUUAUUUUUUAAUCUAAUCAUAGCUUUAAUUGGCGACAUAAA